GAACUUUUGAAAGGGAACUUUUGAUUUAAAGUAUUGAUCACUUGGUCUCUGCCCUGCGUCGGACGAGACUUACGGGAAGCACUGAAACCUGUCUGGCGAGGGUUGAUUGCUUCGGUUGCGUUAUCGAUCGAAACCAUUUAGCCCUCUGUCCCGCCGCCCUCGCCUGGUCACUAGAACAGCCACGAUGGAUCCUGAUAUGGAGGUUGACACGUUAGAGCCACGGGGUACCAAAAGACCAGCAGAGGAGGUCGAGCAAAAUGAUGAGCCGAAGAAGCCCAAGAGAAUCAGGGCCCUUGACCCUGAUGUGGUCAACAAGAUUGCAGCUGGAGAGAUCAUUGUAGCUCCCAUGCAUGCCUUGAAGGAGUUGAUCGAAAACGCUGUUGACGCUGGCUCGACUUCUAUUGAGAUUCUGGUCAAGGACGGCGGCCUGAAGCUACUCCAGAUCACGGAUAAUGGCCACGGCAUCGACCGAGACGAUCUACCCAUCCUCUGCGAGCGGUUCACUACUUCGAAACUGAAGGCCUUCGAGGACCUCUCCUCGAUAGGCACCUACGGCUUCCGAGGCGAAGCCCUGGCCAGUAUCAGCCACAUCGCCCAUCUGACCGUCACCACGAAGACGGCCGGAUCCAGCUGUGCCUGGAAAGCGGUUUACAGUGAUGGCAAGCUUGUUCCUGCGAAGCCAGGCCAAAGCGCUGCCCCCAAAGCCACUGCCGGCCGCGGAGGCACGCAAAUAACCGUUGAAGAUCUCUUCUACAACGUCCCAACGAGACGACGAGCAUUUCGCUCCGCGAGCGAAGAAUACGCUAAGAUUCUGGACGUGGUUGGACGGUAUUCCGUCCACUGCGCGGGGGUGGCCUUCUCGUGCCGCAAACACGGCGACUCGGGCGUCAGCAUCUCCACCCCGGCCAACGCAAGCACGAUCGAUCGCAUCCGACAGAUCCACGGCAGCGCCGUGGCCAACGAGCUUGUAGAGUUCCAGAUCGAGGACGAGAAGCUCGGGUUCCGCUCGUCGGGCCUGGCCACCAACGCCAACUAUCACGUCAAACGCACGGUCAUCCUGCUAUUCAUCAACCAUCGCUCGGUCGAGUCGACCGCCCUGAAGCGAGCCAUCGAGCAGACAUAUUCAAAUUUCCUCCCCAAGGGCGGCCACCCCUUCGUCUAUCUGGACUUGGAGAUCGAACCCCAACGGGUCGACGUCAACGUCCACCCCACGAAGCGCGAGGUGAAUUUUCUGAAUGAAGAUGAGAUCAUCGAAAGCAUCUGCGCCGACAUCCGCUCCCGGCUGGCACAAGUCGACUCCAGCCGGACAUUCCUCACGCAAACCCUCCUCCCAGGCGUGCGAACCAUGGCGGCCGAAGCAGAAGAACCAGACGACGACGACGACAACGACAGCCCCGGAGGGGCCCCGAAAACCCCGAAAACACCAGCAACCACCAAGAAACCCUACGAACACAACCUGGUGCGCACCGACUCGAAAGUCCGCAAGAUCACCUCCAUGCUCACACCCGCGACCACCACCACCACCACCACCUCUUCAGCCGAAAACCCAACCACCAGCGCUGCAACCGUCCUCGACGAAGAAGGCCUCCACUACGAAACCACAGCGCGCGAACCCCUCCGCAUCGCGCUAACCUCCAUCAAGAACCUCCGCGCCGCCGUGCGCAGCAGCAUGCACACGACGCUGACCGAGACCAUCGCGGCCCUCACGUACGUGGGGCUGGUCGACGAACGGCGCCGCAUCGCCGCCAUCCAAAGCGGCGUGAAGCUCUACCUGGUCGACUACGGCCUCUUCAGCCACGAGUUCUUCUACCAGAUCGGCCUCACCGACUUCGGCAACUUCGGCGUCAUAACCCUCGACCCGGCGCCGCAGCUCAUCGACCUGCUCCGCAUCGCCGCCGACGCCGAAGCCGAGGCCGCCGAACACCAACCCUCACCCCCAUCCUCAACCUCGACAGCAACCACAGCAGCGCAGGAAAUCUACACCAAAGCCCCCGAAGUCAUCGCACAGACCCUCAUCGCGCGCCGCGAGAUGCUGAACGAGUACUUCUCCCUGCACAUCACGCAGGACGGGCGCCUCGUCUCCCUCCCCCUCCUGCUGAAGGGCUACCUGCCGUCGCUGGCCAAACUGCCCAAGUUCCUGCUGCGGCUGGGGCCCUACGUCGACUGGUCGAGCGAGGAGGCCUGCUUCCGGAGCUUUCUGCGCGAGUUGGCCGCGUUUUACGUCCCGGAGGCGUUGCCGGUGCCGGUGCCAGCUCCGCAGACACAGGCACAGGCACCUGCAGCAGCAGCGGGGGAGUAUACCGUCGCCACCGUUCCCAAUACCACUACCAAUGAAACUAAUCACGAGAACUCUGGCGAGAAGGAAACCACACCGCAGGGACCCGCCGCAGAAGAGGAAGCAGAAACGUUCGUUCAGCAGCGCCGCGCGCAGAUAGCCCGGAUGCUGGAGCACGUAGUGUUCCCGGCGAUGCGGGGCCGGUUGGUGGCUACGACGCGGCUGUUGGGCGGGGUGAUCGAGGUGGCGGAUUUGAAGGGGCUGUAUCGGGUGUUUGAGCGGUGUUGAGGUUCUGCGGUUCGUGUUCGUGGCGGUGGUGGUGGAUUUGCUUUGUGGGUGUGGGAUGGAUGUCUGUAUAUAUCUAUCACGAGGAAUCGGGCUGUUUAGUCGACUGUUGUCUUGACUACCUUGAGAGCCGAGGUGGUUUGAGGUGUGUAGAGUAUAGAAGGGAUUGUUUGGGUUGAUGAUGGAGUUCAGAAGCAGAUGGGAAGGAAUGACACAGUAUAUGGUCUAUAGAAUCAUUCGGC